CCUUUCUUGCAAACCGCGUGCACGCCAGAAUCCGCUCCGCCAAGAUACACGGUCCCACCACCAACACACCACCCGCCAACCUAAUCCAAGUGAACCGUUCGACCCAACAGGAUAUCUCUGUUCCACGGGUGAACGAUGAAAUUUUUUAUUGCUGUAUUAGCUGCCGGGCUGCUGGGUGUCGUAGCAGCUCAAAAUGGAGACCGGGCACUAUUUGUAAAGGCAUCAGCGUCUCAUUCGAGAACUGUGAGAGCUACGGGAGAUUCCCCAGCAGAUGUGAUGGCGCGAAAUAUUCUAGAGUGGAUUCAAGGCGUCUAUCGUCAGGGCACGAGGAAAAUUCGUCAACAAUCUGACGCGUACCUGCCACCCUACAGUACGCAGAGACCUCCGGAGAGACCUCGACCUUUUCAACCAGCUUCAACGCCGCAACAACCCUCUUACUCGUCGCAAAGCUUGAACGAAGUUACGGGCUAUCCAAGCUACCAGCAACAAUCAUCGGUUUACUCCCCCCCGAAUCUUGGAUUCUCCCAGAGCCUACCAUCGUCGCCCAGCUACUCUUCCCAGCCAACGUACCAAACUCCGAGGCCGAGUUACCUCGCGCCAAGCAGUCAAUCUUCUUCUUCGAGUUUCGCAAGUUCGCAAAACUAUGGCUCUUCGGUAGCCCAGCCUCGACCAAUUCCCAGCAAUCCUCCCUCUUCUGCAGCACCUUCGCCCUCGUAUCAACCAAUCGGUAGUUACAUACCACCUAAAACUGCUGGUUAUCAACCUUCGACCCCGCAAUCCCAACCGUCGCAAAAUAAAUUUUCAUCCGGUUAUGGAGGCUCGGUAAGCGUAGGCGCGUCUGGAAGCGCUUCGGUUAGUGGAUCCGGUGGCUACUAUUCUCCGAGUGCAACACCAACUCCGAGCUUUCCAACACCGCAACCUUCGAGUACCAGUGGUUACAGUGGUUCCGGUACGGUCGUGACGGGAAGUGAAAGUUCUUUCACCAGUGUAGAAACAAAUUCGGUGGCGGAAGCUGGAUCUAGCAUAACCGAGGAAGACUUGAAACAUCCUCCCCAUAUUCAUGAGAUUGACGUUCAAUGCAGCAAAACUAUGAUGACUAUCAAUAUUGAAUUCAACCGAGCCUUCGACGGUGUAAUUUACUCGAAGGGAUUCUAUACGGAUCAAAACUGCCGCUACGUUGCUCAAGGAUCGGGUCAGACGAAAUAUUCAUUCACCGUUAGUUUGGAUUCAUGCGGUACGCAAUUCAUAAAUGAUUUCGAGGGAGAAGCAGGCCAAGCUUACUUAGAAAACGUCUUAGUGCUACAGAAUGAACCAGGCAUUCAAGAAGUUUGGGAUACGGUUCGUAGAGUACGUUGCCUAUGGGAAGGAAACAUCAACAAAGCACUGUCUGUCAGCCUGUCCGUCGAUAUGUUGAACCAAGAAAUAGUAACAUUUAGUGGUGACACAGCAACGGCAAGACUGGAUAUCCAAAUGGGAAAAGGUCCGUUUGCUCCAGCCGCCGACGGUUUGGUAAAGAUUGGAGAAACCAUGACGUUGGUCGUAUCCGUUGAAGGUGAUCCUGGGUUUGAUCUCCAGGUACAUGACUGUAUCGCUCGUGACGAAACAUCAACAAACAUUGUUCAACUAACGAACGAACGUGGUUGCAUUCUGAAGCCAAAAUUAUUUGGAGCCUUCCAAAAGACUAAAGACACUGGUAAUACAGGGGCGUCCAUCAUUGCUUACGCUUUCUUCCAAGCCUUCAAGUUUCCAGAUGUUAUGGACUUGUACUUGGAAUGUAAUAUAGAAUUGUGCAAAACGGACUGUGAAGCAUGCCCAGAGCCCAACCAACAAAUUGAUCCUGGUCGUAGACGCCGUGACGUUAGUUACGCUGCUACGAACUCAUCUGGCGCUUUAUCCGAUCCAGUCCGUGUAGGUAAAGGAUUUAGAGUAAUCAUGCCAGAGGAUCUGAGCUUGGCCUCAAAUUUGGCGCUAGAAAAAAUAGAAGAGAUGGCAGUAGAAGAGUUCAGCAACACUCGGAACGUUUGCAUGAGCAACGCAGGAUUUUAUGCUACUUUCUCUUUGAUGUUGAGUUUGCUCGUUGCAUCUACCAUUAGUUCAGUCAUAUUCUAUUUGAAAUUACAGAGAAUUCGUGCAGCCAAGAUGUUGCAUUAAGUGGAGGGGAAUUGAGUUGCUGUUACACUCACACGCAGAUUUGUCCAUUUGCUGAGCAUUAAAAGAAAAUAGAACUCCCUCAGACGCAGUGCAAUCAGUUUUUAGGUAAUUCCUUUAAAUGUGAUACACAUGGAGCUGAGCUCAAAUCACACAAGUUACGGAAAAGGUGUAAUCCUUAUUUCUGAUCUUCGGUUUUAAAUACUUCUAAGAUUAAAAACGCGGACUGCUCUAUUCUCUGAUUUUUUGCGAUUUUGAUUGUAUUAUCCAAAUACCCGUUAUAUUGGAUACGCUCAAGAAUAUCGUUUUUGAUGCAAUUUUAAAAAUGGUCGGAUUCAGAAAUGAAUCUUUUUUACUUGUAAGAAGGAAAUUCUUUGAAAUCUCUAAUCAGGAUGCAUUUUCUUUUUCUAAAGUACUGAAAUAGAUCCAUCAAACGAUUGCAUCAUCUUCCGUGAAAAUAUUGAAAAAGUGAGGGUAUUUAUAAAUAAUAUAUUUUAUACUGCACAGCAGUAUUUGUAUGCAGUUGGUAUCAAAGCACACAGCUUUGUAAAUUCAAUGAAUUAUCGUAGUCCCAACUACACGAGGGUUAUCUUUAACAGGAUGAUGAAAUACCAAUGUAGAGUUUUUUUUUAAAUAAAUUAUAAAUCUUUUCAUAGCCUUGAAAUUUUAUUUCACACAAUAUUCGAUACCGAUUAUGAAAUUAUUGAAUAUCAAAUUAAACAAAUAUACAACUAAAUAUUAUCUUAUAUAAUUAUUAUAUGCUCAUUGCUACAGAAUGUUCAUUCAAAGCUUUUGAUUAAAAAAUAUUAAUUUUACUACGAAGGGCUCUCGGUAUAAGAGACAGGCGCGUUUUAUUCCCACUUUCGUGUAUAAUUCCAUAUUUUAAGGAAAAGAUAGAGGGAAAUACAGCAUCUUUUAUAACAAGAGCUGACUAUAUUACUGUUGUUUGACAUAUACAUAUGAUUAUCAAUUUUAAAUAUAUUACCUUAUAGUGUACUCCUUAAAUAGCCUGUCAUAAAGCGGAAGCUAGCAGCCAAGUUUAGCAGCGAAACGCGCUAGAAUUCUCGCUAUUAAACAACUAUUGACUCACUACACUUUGACGCCUAUAUAUACUUGAAAAGUAUUAGUUUUUAAUCAGAUUAGACGAAAUCUCGAUUAUUGAGCUUUAUUUCCUCAUUUUACUCAUAGUUGGCAUAUUGAGCUGCUAGUUCUGACUGCCAAUUUUA